UGAAUACGCUUCGUUUAGGAUCCGCCCUGAUCCAUCUUCGACCAAUGAAACACCUCGUUGCUAAGAGGCUGUACACCAAUGCAGCGUAUUAAUCUUUAGACUUGAAACGAAUCGAGACAUGCUAGAGGUCUUGAUCGUUUCUGUUUCUUGAAAAUCUGUUUACAUAGCGGACAGUACUUGUUCACUAAGCCAGCGGUUUCGAUUUUCAAAAUGGGGGAGCCACAGCAGGUCAGUGCUCUUCCACCUCCUCCGAUGCAGUACAUCAAGGAGUACACGGAUGAAAAUGUACGAAAGGGACUGGCCCCCAAACCCCCUCCUCCUAUUCGAGACAGUUACAUGAUGUUUGGCAAUCAGUUCCAAUGCGACGAUCUCAUUAUUCGACCACUGGAGAGUCAAGGCAUCGAGCGCCUUCACCCAAUGCAGUUUGACCACAAAAGAGAGCUGAAGAAGCUAAACAUGUCUAUCCUGGUCAACUUUCUGGACCUUCUGGACAUCCUCAUCAAAAGCCCAGGCAGCAUUAAACGAGAGGAGAAGCUGGAGGACUUGAAACUCCUUUUUGUGCACAUGCAUCACCUUAUCAAUGAGUACCGUCCCCACCAGGCCAGAGAGACGCUACGGGUCAUGAUGGAGGUUCAGAAGAGGCAGAGGCUGGAGACGGCUGAGCGUUUCCAGAAGCAUCUGGAGAGGGUGGUGGAGAUGAUCCAGGGGUGUCUUGCCUCGCUGCCUGAUGAUUUGCCACAACCCAGCAGCUCCGGCGUGGGAGAGGCUGGUGGCGCUGGAUCAGCCGGAGACUCCAGACUGAAAACAGAACCUAUGGAUGUAGAUGAGACUGGUGUUAGCUGCAUGGUUGCACAAACGGACAAGUAUGUGCCCAGUAAGAAGGACAAAGCGUGGGAUAAGGACGCUGCAAUGUGUAGUAUUAUUGAUGAGAUGACUUGAGCUAAGGGUGUUUUUUUUGUUGUUGUUUUGUUUUGUUAUUCAGAAAAUGUCAGCUCUUCAACUUUGUUACAAGACUUGGAAUUGGUUUGGAUUACAGACAUUUUUACUAUUUAAUAAGGUUGCAAGAUUAUACAGUUGAUGAAGCAGAGCUAUAUGUGUAAAAUAAAUAAAGGUGUUCUGGUCUUUGCAUUUUCAUAUCUCACUGUGCUUCUUUUGUCAUAAAUAAAACGCAUUUAUAUAUACAAAA